CAAAUCAGCGUUUGUUCCACGCGGAGUUUGAUCAGCCGGCGUGUAGUAGGACGGAGAUUUCGGAGUUCAAAGGUGUCAGGAGGAAAAAAGAAAAUGUCGGAAACUACAGGAAAGGUCAUUGAAUGCAAAGCUGCCGUGGCAUGGCAGGCCAAGCAGCCAAUGGUAAUUGAGGACAUUCAGGUGGCGCCACCUAGGGCAGGUGAAAUAAGAAUCAAGGUUUUGCACACUGGUGUGUGUCACACUGACGCCUACGUCCUUGACGGGUUUGAUCCAGAGGGCAUAUUUCCUGUUGUCCUGGGCCAUGAGGGUGGGGGUAUUGUAGAGAGUGUGGGCGAGGGUGUCACCAGUGUACAGACAGGUGACCAUGUUAUUCCGCUGUACAUACCUCAAUGCUACGAAUGUAAAUUCUGCAAAAGUCCGAAGACAAACUUAUGUGGCAAGAUCAGGUCCACGCAGGGUGCUGGUUUGAUGCCAGAUGGGACAUCACGCUUCACAUGCAAGGGAAAGCAACUGUUCCAUUUCAUGGGCUGUAGUUCCUUCAGUCAGUAUACAGUGGUAGCCGAGAUCUCCGUCUGUAAGGUUGUUCCUGAAGCUCCGCUGGAGAAAGUCUGUUUGCUGGGAUGUGGUAUCUCCACAGGGUACGGAGCGGCUCUCAACACUGCUAAGGUGGAGCCAGGUUCUACCUGUGCUGUUUGGGGGCUAGGAGCCGUCGGAUUAGCUGUUAUUAUGGGCUGUAAGAAGGCUGGUGCUGGACGCAUCAUUGGCAUUGACAUCAAGGAAUCAAAGUUUGAGUUGGGUAAGAAGUUUGGAAUGACGGAAGGUCUGAACCCUAAGAAUCAUGAGAAGCCAAUCCAACAGGUGAUCGGAGACAUGACUGAUGGAGGAUGUGAUUAUACCUUCGAGUGUAUCGGCAAUGUUGGAACCAUGAGGGCAGCACUGGAGUCAUGUCACAAGGGAUGGGGUGUGUCAACCAUUAUCGGUGUCGCAGCAGCCGGCCAAGAGAUCUCCACGCGGCCAUUCCAGUUGGUCACAGGUCGUGUGUGGAAAGGAUCAGCAUUUGGAGGCUGGAAGAGCCGAGAGAGCGUGCCGAAACUGGUCCAGGAAUAUAUGAACAAAGAGAUGAUGGUGGACGAGUUUGUUAGUCACAGCCUUCCUCUGACAGAGAUCAACAAAUCGUUUGACCUCAUGCACGCAGGUGAAAGCAUUCGAAGUGUUUUAGACCUGCACUGAGGAAACACCUCUAGUCAAUUACCGCUCACAGCCAAGGGCCGACACUGCUGUUGAUUUUAACUGUUGGACACAGUAACAGCUACUGAUGGCUGCUAAUAUCAAGAUCGAUUUAUUGUUCCGUGAAUCUGUAAUUAUUGCUAAUCAGUACAAUGUUUUAUUAUAAUGAUUAAUGAUGAUGAUUUUUACUUUGAAUACCUGUAUGGUGGUAGUGUAGUACUUGUGGAUUGGUUGGCUGGCUAUUGUCUGCAAUGAUUUUUGAAUCAAUAUGUUUGAGAGUAAGAACACUGUAAUCUUUAGUCGUGGGAAGCAAAAAUAUCUCUGAUCAGUGGUUAGCACAUUCAUUUUAAAAUUAAAUACAGAAUUUUCUCCCAUUUCAUAUUAAAUUUGUUUUCUAACCACACAUCAAUCAAUUCGGUCAAAAACUGUUGCAAAUCUUACUGUUUUCUUUUGUUUCAAAAUAUCUUUUAUCCUGAUGUUCAAAAAGGAAUAUUGAAGAGAGAAAAAAUGCAAAAUGUUUGAUGAUUAAAAAAACAAGAGUGCAUUUUUGAACUUAAGUGAUUUGGUUGAAACUGUAUAUAGUAACAAAGGUUUGUGCGUUUCAAAUUCAACAGGGUAUAUAAUUAUAUCAAAAUGGUGUUUUUUGUGACUUGAUGCUUGUUCAGUGCCAUGUAAUUAUAAUGUACUAGAAAUUUUAAUGCAAAGUACGCAAAUGUUUCAUUGGUGAUGUGCUAUAUGUGUAUAGCUUGCACAAUAAAUUAUUAUAAUGUUUUUUCAAAGCUUUGCCUAGCUUUUCUUACUUAAGCAGGACCAGAAACAUUCCCCCAGUUACAUGUGUGUGUGUAUGAUGACUUACAGAACGAAUGUCACUUAUCUAAGGUUGUGUGAUAAGUGGAGGGACUCACACAAAACAAAGCUAGCCUGUAAUACACCAACUGAAGGUUGUCGUACAGCAGUACAUGUAGUUACAUUAUACAUUGGGCUUCAUUGCUUGAUGUGUUGUAUCCAAAUUUGCAUUAAUGGCUUUCUGCAAAAGUUUUGUUUAAUUUUUAUUUCCAUCAUUCAAAACUUUCAGGGGAGACUAAUUUCCAGUGCCCAGUUGUUCAAAAGAUGAUGAGCUUAUCACUGUUUAACGACAUUUUUCAAUCUCUAAUAAUUUGGUUAACAUACAGGGUAAAAACUCAUAAUUUUGUAUGUAAUUUUGCUCUACUUAAAUAUUUUCUGUAUGGAAAUGUUUCACGCAAGUAAAUGUUUUUUUUAUAAAUAUACAAACAAUAAAAUUUGCACUAAUCACCUUUUGAACAUCUGGGCCUAGGUUUUUUAACCAGCAAGAAAAUUUCUGAUUUCGUUAAAUAUAUUUAAUGUCUUAAGUUAAAUAUAUUUAAUGUCUUAAAAUAUUAAAAUUGAUUCAUUUAUAUGUAACAAUUUUACUGUUGGGGCAGUUGAAAACAUGAAGCAUUUACAAAGCAUUUGUUAUGGUGUUGAUGACACCACACGGGCAUUAUUGUACAUCUUGUUUGAAUCUUCGGGUCAGAAACUUGCCAAUUUAUGUUUUCUAUCUCCGAGUUUACAUGAACAACAACAAAUUUGUUCUGUGGGUCAGUGCAUCAUGCCUGCCACAACUGUCAAUUAGAAAUAGUACUGGAUAUUUACAUUAUAUAGGCGACUUGUAAAGGUUUUUGCCAGUAUUGAAACAUUUUUUAUUUGCAAUUGUUAGUAAUUACCUCCCGAUGCUGACGAUUUAAUGUUUGCUCUUUUGAAGCUUUAACCAAACAUUGGAUUAUUUUUGUUGUUGAUUAUUAAUUUAGUUUCCUUGAUUUAAACCUCUUGGGGGUUGUCCUCGAUGUUCAGCCUGCAGACAGUGAAUGUGAUUAUGUACUAAUUUACAGGUAUAUUGUGGCCAAAAAUUAAUUAUAUUAGCUUGACCAGGGAAAAGGUGCUAACACAUUUUUACUUAUGACGAGUUGUGCAUGUACCUUGCUCUUACAAUAAUACAAUAUGAUAAUAACACCAUUAAAUUUAUUUUACAUGACUGGCACAAUUGUAUUUUUCAAAAC